AUGGCUCCUCUCUGCUCUGGAACCAGUUCAGCGCGGCUGAAUCUUUUUCUGGUCCUCUGGAUUUCGUCCAUGCGGAUGCUAUGCUGUUACCCCACUCCUUCACCCAUGCUGUCUGAAAAAUCUGAUUACUUUCUCGUCCUGCUGAAUAGCUGCUUAGCUGCGAUGGACAGGAGUGAAGAGCUGGCUUUUCUAAAGCCAUUUCUCCUGAAGAAUGUCAUGAAGAGGUCCUUCCGCAACGGCGUUGGAACGGGAAUGAAAAAAACUUCCUUUCGAAGGGCAAAAUCAUGA